AUAAGUAAGAGAGAGAGAGAGAGAGAGAAGAAGUUAAAAGGGAAAGAAGGAAUGAAGAAAAUUCAAUCAGAUCGAAUAGAAGUUUGACGUCCACAAGGACACCCAUCAACUUUCUCUCUCUAAACCCCCCUUUCUCUCUCUAAGCAUACGGCCGAAGAACUGGGUUUUUGCAAUUUUUGGUUAAUGAGAGAGAAAAAAUAUCACUCCACCGCAACUUCUCUUCACACUCUCGAACCCUAGCCAAGGAGCUUCCACUUUAUCAUUUUUUAACAACUCAAUCAACAUCUCGGAGAUUGCUUUCAAGUAAUUCAACUCAAAUUUCAUCUUCUUCUCUUUUCUUUCUUUUCUUUCUUCAAAUAUUCUGAUCGGUUUUUCUUCAAAUCUUCCAUUGAAAUCUCUUCUUCAAGUAUUACUUCCAGAUUCAUGCGAAAGCCCUUCAAGGAUUACUCUAGUGAAGAUUGUCUGGUUGUAGAAUGUUCAAAACCAGGGCUUGUUCCAUCGUUUCAGCAUCUUUUGGUCUACAGCUAUUAUUCAGUAAAAAUCCGCACCAUGUGCUGAGGCUCAAAACCUUUCCGUUUCUAUUGGUUCAUCAUAACGACCAUGAAGUUUGCAAUCAAGAUUGUGGGGGACAAAUGUUCUUUGGACUGAACCCUCUUAUGUGCCUUGCACGAGUUCUUGUGUAUUAGUCAAUUAAUGUUACUUUAGAUAGUUUUCCUUUUCCCCCCUUCUUUACGAGUGUGUAUAGAUUUUUGAAGAAGAUGGUACCUUCGGGGCCAUCUACUCCCAUUGGUGGUGCGCAAUCUGUUUCACCAUCGCUUUUGAGAUCAAAUUCUGGAAUGAUGGGAGCACAAGGGGGGCUGCCUUCUCAGUCAGCUUUUCCUCCUCUUGUAUCCCCACGGGCACAGUUUAGCAGUAUGAAUAUGCUUGGUAAUGCGCCCAGUAUGUCUUCUCUCCUAAAUCAGUCAUUUGGGAAUGGAGUUCCGAAUUCUGGGCCCUCAGGCCUUGGAAACAGCCAACGAGGAGGUAUGGACCCUGGUUCUGAGUCAGAUCCAUUCUCACUUAUUGGCAAUGGUGUCAACUUCAACAAUACCCCAUCCUCAUUGGUGACAUCAAAUACAGCAAACCCUGGUUCAUCUAGUCAAGUUUCAGGGCAGCAAUUUUCAAAUCAUUCUAGCAGCCAAAUAAUACCCAAUCAACAGCAACCACAACAAAUUGAACCGCAGAACUUCCAACAUAGCCAGCAUUCUAUGCAACAGUUCGCAAUGUCUAAUAACACACAGCAGUCACAGCAGCAACAACAACACCAGUUCCAACGAGGAAGCUUAGGUGGUGUUGGACCUGUCAAAUUAGAGCCCCAAAUAAAUAAUAUUGAUCUUCAAGGACAGCAACUACAGCAGCAGCAGCAGUUGCAGUCAAUGAGGAACCUUGGUCCUGUGAAAAUGGAACCACAACAACUUCAAUCAAUGAGAAACAUGGGUCCUGUGAAAUUGGAACCUCAACAGUCUGAUCAGUCAUUGUUUCUACAGCAGCAACAUCAACAUCAACAGCAACAGCAACAGCAACAGCAACAACAGCAGUUACUCAGUAUGUCUAGGCAGUCCUCUCAGGCUGCUGCUGCACAGAUUAAUCUUUUGCAACAACAAAGACUCUUGCAAUUUCAACACCAACAGCAACUCCUGAAGGCCAUACCUCAGCAAAGACCGCAUUUGCCUCAACAAUUUCAACAACAAAAUUUGCCCUUGAGAUCCCCUGUAAAAUCAGUUUAUGAACCUGGCAUGUGUGCUCGACGUUUAACAAAUUAUAUGUGUCAACAACAGCAAAGGCCUGAAGACAACAAUAUUGAGUUCUGGAGGAAAUUUGUUGCGGAUUACUUUGCUCCCCAUGCGAAAAAGAAAUGGUGUGUUUCCAUGUACGGAAAUGGUCGUCAAACAACUGGUGUAUUUCCACAGGAUGUUUGGCAUUGUGAAAUAUGCAACCGCAAGCCUGGUCGAGGUUUUGAAGCGACUUUUGAAGUUCUUCCAAGGCUGUUCAAAAUCAAGUAUGAGAGUGGAACGCUCGAAGAGCUUCUCUAUGUUGAUAUGCCCCGCGAAUAUCAUAAUUCAUCAGGACAAAUUGUCCUAGAUUACGCGAAAGCAAUACAAGAAAGCGUUUUUGAGCAACUUCGUGUUGUUCGUGAUGGCCAACUUCGAAUAGUUUUUUCUCCAGACUUAAAGAUAUGUUCUUGGGAAUUUUGUGCUCGACGUCAUGAAGAGCUUAUUCCUCGAAGGUUGCUAAUACCUCAGGUUAGUCAGCUGGGUGCAGCUGCUCAGAAGUAUCAGACUGCAAUUCAAAAUGCAUCAUCUAACUUGCCUACUCCGGAGUUGCAAAAUAAUUGCAAUAUGUUUGUGGGCUCAGCUAGACAAUUGGCCAAGGCAUUGGAAGUGCCUUUAGUAAAUGACUUGGGAUAUACGAAGAGAUACGUCCGGUGCCUUCAGAUAUCAGAAGUCGUCAAUAGUAUGAAGGACUUGAUAGAUUACAGCCAAGAAACUACGACUGGUCCAAUUGAGAGCUUAGCAAAGUUUCCGAGGAAGACGAAUGCUUCACCAGGCUUCCACAGUCAAGCUCAAAAUACCGAGCAACAAUUACCUCCGCCUCAGCAAACAAUUGAUCAAAACGCGAACGGUGACCAAAGCUCUGCUCAGGCUGCUUCAAUGCAGCUUGCUGCUAACAAUGGUGUUCCAAGUGCAAAUAACUCUGGUAAUCCAGCAUCAACUUCAUCUCCUGCCAGUACCAUUGUUGGGUUACUCCACCAGAACUCCAUGAACUCCAGACAGCAGAACUCUAUCAAUAGCGCCGGAAGCCCUUAUGCUGGAAAUUCUGCGCAAAUAUCGUCUCCAGGUUCCUCCACCACGAUUGCUCAGGCACAAGCAAACUCCUCGUUCCAAUCGCCUACAUUGUCCUCACCUAACAAUCACCCACAAUCAUCAAUUGGCACUGCAACAACUACUAAUCACAUGAGUGCCACUAAUUCUCCGGCGAAUGUUCCCUUGCAACAGCCAACACAAUCUUCCGAUGCUGAUCAAAACGAUUCCCAAAGUUCUGUACAAAAAAUUAUUCAGGAAUACAUGAUGUCGAAUCAUCUAAACGGGAUGAACACCAUGACUAGUGUAUCCUCUAUAGGAGAUGAUGUGAAAACAGUAAACGGGAUGUUGCCAGGAAACAACAUUAUGAGUCUCAAUGGACGGAACGGACUCGUCGGGACUGGAACUGGGAAUGGCAUUUCUGGUAUCCGGAAUGCAGGAUAUGGCUCAAUGGGUGGGGGAUUUGCUCAGACUUCUACGGUCAGUGGGAUGAAGUCUGUAAUGGGAAAUAACUCGAUUACGAACGGGAGAAUCGGGAUGGCGUCAUUGGCUCGAGGACAGAGCAUAAAUCAUCAAGAUUUGGGGGACCAGCUUCUUAAUGGACUUGGAGCUGUGAAUGGAUUUAAUAAUCUUCAAUUGGAUUAUUCAAGCUAAAGGAUUAACAGAAUGGCCCUCUACUGAUGGAAACCACAAGAUGAAAACAGGGGUAUGGCUCCAUGUUCUGUACUGAUUUGUUAUUUAAAUAUUAAAAGGAAAAAUGUGGUGGCUCAGGGUGUUGCUGAUUGGGUUGAGUGAGUUUCUUUGAUUUCUAAUGUGCAACUUGUGAUUUUCCCCCCCUUUUUUCUUUCUUUUUUCCCUUUUUCUUUUUUGAGUUUUCCUUUGCAUUUUAGAUUAUUUACCCUUCUGUUAGUCUUUUUACCUUUUUCUUGGCUUAAAGAGUAAUUUUGGAAUACGUAAAAUUUUACAGCGCCAAAUUUCUCUUCAGUUGAAUGGAUUUUUGUUCUGUCAUACAAACUGUAACAUGCUGCCUUCAUUAAUAA